AAAUCAGAGCUGCUCCCAUUAGUUCCAACAAUCAAAAAUAUAUGAAAACGGAAUAUAAAUAUGGUAAUUGAAAACGUUUUUGGUAAUUGGUUUCAUCCAAGAACAUUUCCUAACCAGCUUCCAGUAUGAAUCCAACUAUUUUAAUUUAUUUAAUUUGUGGUUUAUUCAGUGCUAUUUCAGUCGAAGCAGAAAGUAUGGAGUUUUACCAGAAAUCUGUAGCUUGGUAUGCCUGUUCCUACCAAGUACUUUAUAGUACUGAUGUCAGACUUUUUGGACCUACUGAUUAUCCCAGUUUAUGCGCAAGUGAGAAUUCAAGAGCUACCAUUGCAGGAUGUUUAGAAUACAAGAAUAGAUAUAAUGCAUUUGUGGAUAAUUAUAUUAUUAAUUAUUGUAAAGAAAACUUUAAUGUCACGUUGCAACCAGAUUGGCACGAGGUAGCAUUGAAUGAUUACAACCAAAGAGCCCAGUAUGUCAAAGAUAUUCCUAUGCCUGAUGGUAAUAUAACGGUUAAUGUUCCCGUAAAAUAUGAACCAGACACUAUGAACUAUUAUGCAUAUGUUGCAAAUACGUACUUGCUUAAUUUCGAUGAUUCUAUUUAUUACGGGGCAGCUAUAUUCGGAUUUUGGUUGGUUGUGUUAAUUAUCCAUGCUGUUAGUCAUUGGUCCAAGAUCUUAUUUCCAGGAUUUAUCAGGAAUCUGACUGGUCCCAUCACAAACUUUUGGAGAAGGUUUGUGUUUAUGCCAGCAUUAAUAGGUAAAAGGAAGUCCCAGUCAAUGCCAGGAUUUGUGAUUUUUGAUAGUUUAAUCCCAGCUAGAUUUGAUAUGAUUGCGAUUUCCAUCUUUUACAUUUUGACUCUAAUUUUUCAUACAAUUAACAUGGAUGGGGUUGCAAAUGAUCCUGUUUUUGGCUCAAAAUAUGAGGCAGAAUUGAGAUAUGUAGCUGAUAGAACUGGAAUUGUCGGUACAAUGAUUAUGCCAUUGGUAUUUUUAUUUUCAGGUAGGAACAACUUCUUGCAAUGGGUUUGUGGUAUCAACCAGGCUACAUUCCUUUGCUAUCAUCGUCACAUCGCUAGAGUGAUGUUCAUUUUAGUUGUUAUCCACUCAGUGGUCUAUACAGUUGCUCAAAAAUCCGUAUACUCGUCAUCUAUUGUAGAACCAUGGUUUUACUGGGGUGUUAUUGGGACUAUUGUUGGUGGGGUAAUGUUGAUGCAAAGUAUCCUUUACCUUAGAAGACAUUGGUAUGAAUGUUUUCUCAUUGUCCAUAUACUUUUAGCUGUAUUUUGGAUUGUGGGUACUUGGAUUCACAUAAUUGAUUUUGGAUAUGGUGAUCUCUUAUAUCCUUGCAUUGCUGUUUGGUGCUUUGACAGAUUGAUAAGAAUUUGCAGAUUGUUUUACUUUGGUACGGCACAGGCAACUCUUACUUUAGCAGGUGAAGACACUAUCAGGAUGACAAUCCCUAAGCCCAAGCAUUGGUCUAUUGUUCCAGGUGGUCAUGCCUUUGUUUAUUUCAUGUGUCCAUCGUACUUCUGGCAAUCUCAUCCCUUUACUUUCUCGAACUCAUCCGAUAGUGACACUCUUGUCUUUUACAUGAAGGUCAAACGUGGAGUUACUAAAAACUUUUAUAACUUGUUGAACAAAGCUCCUGGAAGAACUAUUACUGUUAGAGUUGGAGUUGAAGGUCCAUAUGGUGAAUCAUCACCAGCCAAAUAUUCAGAUAAGGCUGUUUUCCUCGCAGGUGGUAAUGGUAUUCCUGGUAUUCUCUCCGAGGUUUAUGAUAUUUCAUUGAAAUCAUCAAAAGAAAGAAAAUCUAUAUUAAAGUUAGUUUGGGUGGUAAGAGAAUACAGCUCCAUAGUUUGGUUUUAUGAUGAACUUUCCAAGUUGAAGAGCACCAAUAUUGACACUACAAUUUAUGUUACCCGCCCAGAAGCAAACUUAGAUAGACUUGGUGAGUUUGACCGAAUUUCUAGUUCAAAGGAAGAUUCGAUUAACGAAGUAUCCAAAUCCAAGGAAUAUAUAACUGAAGAUAUUCCUGGAGAAUUAAAGGGGAAAUUAUCACAUAUUCAUUUUGAAGAAGGUAGACCUAACAUUGAGAAAUUGAUUCAAGAUGAAAUCAAGGAAUCACCAGGGUCCACGUUCUUUGUUGCUUGUGGACAUCCAAUUAUGGUUGAUGAAGUUCGUUAUCAAUGUUGUAAGAACAUUGACAACCCUGAGAAGAAGAGAGUUGAUUUCUUUGAACAACUUCAAGUUUGGGCUUAGAUUUAAUAGAGGCUUAGGCUCGUAAACUUUGGAUUUUAUAUUUCGUAAAUUUGAUCACUACUUUUUUCUAAAUUGCUCAUCCGAGGCAGAUUAU